UUGGAUAAACCCCAGAGGAUAGAGGAUGAGCCUGCUGAGGCCAAACCUGAUGUACCAUUGUCCAGUGAUGAUCCAUUAUCAGAGAUUGAAAGCUUAGAACGAGAAGAUGAACUUGGUACAGAUGUCAUUUUAACCACUGCCAGAGACACUACUGACAUCUAUACUGCUUCAAGCAAAGCUGCAAGAAAGGAGAAGUCCAACCUCAGAAGAUCACACAGCGCCCUCGAGCAUCGGCCAGAGAAGUAUGAAAAACAGACAGUGAGGAGAACACCCUCGGCGCAGACGUCUUCGACCACUGCAGAAGCAUCGUCUUCACCAGUAAGGAAGGAUAGAGAGCAAAGGUUGAAUCGGCGUCACACAACAAUGGGUAGGUCAGAGGUCAAGGAAGUGCUUGGGAAUGAUGAACAGGUGACAGGAAAAGGUGAUGCGUCAAGGAGACCGGUAUCAGACGGUUCCAGCCAUAAGUAUUCAGCUAGUUCAGGGAUGCGUAGUAGACAUUCAGAAUCUGCCCUGUCAGAGUUAGAAGCAGAACUUGGGGGUCAGGCUGACUCUGUUCUCAAAUCCCAUCGAGAUUCACUUCCAGCUCAAACCAAUAGCACAGAACCUUCAUUACAUAGAAACAAUAAUAAUGUUUACAAGGAUGUUUCACCCAGGUUGUCUCCUACGCAACAAGCAACAACAUCGUCCUCCCGCAAGUCCAGUAUCAGCGAAAGGAGUGUUUCACCAUCCGACUCUCAAUCUACCACCGACUCUCAAUCAAAGAAACCUCAACCGUCCAAAGCAGACACGAAUACCCAGAACCUGUUGUCGCAGGAAGAGUUACAACGCUUGGACGUUCCAAAGAGAGGGCGUUUGAAAAUGAACAAAGCAUUAAUUGAAGGAGAGACACAAUCUCCAAGCAAGAGAACAAUAGAGAGAAGACGCCAUGCACACGAGAGACGGAAUAGGCAUACUCUUGAUGGUAGCUCUGUGCCGUUCCCGAUCUCAGAAAGAAAAAGUCCACCAGAGGGUACACCUAGGUUAAAACGAAGCAGCUCAGAUCCAAACCUUGCAGACAAUGAAGAGGUGAAACGCAAGGAGAUUGCAGAAACAUUUCCGGGUUUAUUGCAUCUCAAGAAUGGCUGGCUAAUGAAAAGAGAUUCAGACCUAGAGGAUUGGAACAAAUACUGGUUUGUACUUCGGGACAACAAACUCAGCCACUUCAAAGAUUCAAGUGAUGAAAACCCAAGCAAUCUAGCAGGAGCUGUAGACCUGGCUCAGUGUAAGGAGGCAUCUGAAACAUCAGCAAGCAGAAACUAUGGAUUCCAGAUCAUGAUGGAAGAUGAAUCCGUUCAUCACCUUGGGGCAAUGACCAGCAAGAUUAGAACAAACUGGAUUCAAGCUAUUAACAAGGCGAUUGCAACCGCCCAAAAAGAAGCAAGUCCCAACGUCCCUGAGAAAGAAGCUGUCAACCUUGUUCAAGUCGAUGCAGCUCCUAUCGAACAAGAAGAGACAACUCCUGUCCUGUCAGAGAAGCCUCCGCCCAUACCUCAGACCACUCCUGCACCUGAUGUCAUACCUACCCCUCUCCCCAAACAGGACAGUAUUGAAACCUCAAGGUCUAACCUGACAAUAGACCUGACCUCUAGGCAUAGGAAGAGCAGUUUGGACAGUAGGAUAAGUGAUACUGCUAGUCCAACAGAGAAAGAACCACCUGCCUUCCCAGAACGGCCAGGAUCCUUCAGAUAUAAAGAGAGGCGGUCAAGGAGAUCAUCAAGAGAAGAUUUCAAGCUGCAGAAGAGUUCAUCAAGGUCUUCCAUGAAUGGUCGGUCAUCAUCGACAUCUAGUGACGUAUUUGAGACACCUCCAAAUACCCCAACUCCUAUUGAGCUUAGGAUAGAGGAGCCUGUGAGAAGGACAUCAGUAACAUCAACAAGAAGUGAACAAGGCAUCAGGGCAGAGUCUCCUAUACAGAUUCAGAAAAUUGAGGCGGACAGUGUGAAAUCUCAGUUCGAACAACAGAAUGAGAGUGUAGCAAUUGAGAAUACUGAGCAGAGGAAGAAUUCUGAUGGUUACCACAGACUAAACUCAAUGGAUGGUGAUGAUGAACAGAAGGCUCUUGUCUCUCAGCUUGAGACAGUGGUGAAGAAACUGAGCCAGGUGGAACUACAGAACCAAACCCUUCACAUGGAAGUCAAGCAGGCACGCAAUGCCAGUGAGCUGGUCAAACAUGAGAAGGAAGAAUUGCAUGACCAGCUGGAGACUGCAACUGGAGCUCUGGAUAAGAGAUCUAAGGAAUGCAAGACCAUCCAGGCCCGUUUUGAGAAACUUGUCUCAGACUAUCAGGAGAGUGAGAAGGAAUUGAGCAAGGCCAGAUCCUCUCUGAAGGCAGAAAGGGACAAAGCUGUGACAAUGAUAGAGAGACUCAACCAACAGAUUGAGAUUGUAGAAGGGGAGAAGAAGGACUACAGGGAAAGGGCGAAGAAGUGGGAAGGUGAACUCUCCACACAGAACAAAACUAUGAUGCAUCUAGAAAAGAAUCAGGAAGAAUCUCAGAAAAUAAUCAAGAAGCUUUUAGCCAAGCUGGAAGGCUACAAGCAGAGGAUAGAAUCCAAAGGAGUGGAAGAAACUGCAGCCAAUAAAGAACAUAUAGCAAAGCUUGAGAAGCAUCAGCAAGAACUGCAGGCUGUGAACAUACAGCUCCAGACCAGACUUCAGGAGAUGGAACAAGAGCUAGAUGCAAGGUCUUCAGAAAACACUCAAAGAUUUGAUUCUGAAAGCGAAUUUGAAACAGAACUUGCAGACAUGAGGAUGGAGCUUUCUGAUCGUGAUGAGCAGAUUGAACAACUCAGUGAACAGCUGGAGGCUGAAUUCUCAGAAAAAUCUGAGCUUCAGAAGAAAUAUGAUGGCCUUCUUGCAGAGUCUGCGCAGUUUGUACUUGAGGGGCAGGGUGAUAAAGUACCAACAGGGUCUGCAGGUGAUGUGGACUUGGACAACAGACUGAAAGAAACAUCAGCCAAAUUGGAAAGCCUCAAGAUACAGCUCUCUAAUGAGUCUUCUUUAAGAAAGCAGACAGAAGACAAGUUAAAUGUUGAAGCAUCUGCAAGGAGGGGGCUGGAAGAUCAUAUGAAGGAAAUGGAAGAGAAGUUUAGGAAUGCCACUGAAGAAAUGCACCACACAUCUCAAAUCCAGGAUGACACAAAGAACUUGAUGGAGUUGCUGCAAGGGAAGAACAAAGAAGUUGAGAAACUUCAGACCGAGAUGAAGAGGAUGGAUGCAGACAGGAUAUCGUUGAUGGAGCAGACUGGUAUACACCAAGCAACUGUGGAUGCACUCAAACAGCAGCUGAAUGAAUCUGAAGAAGCAAAGACAACCUUGGAAGGAGACUUUGAUUGUGUGCUACAUAGUAAAGUAGACUUGGAAGAGUCUUCUAAACAACUAACAGCAGAAUUGGCCACUGUCAAGUCAGAGUUAGAAUUGCUGAGGCAGGCUUCGCAGAAUGCUAGCAGUGCUGAAGCAGAAGAGGCAGCCAAAAAGGAGGCGACAAGGAAAGAAAUUCAGCUGCUUCAGGCUCAAGUGGAGAAAGUUCAAAGCAUGUACACUGAAGAUAUGUUUAAAAAAGAGCAACUUCUAGCUGAAAAGCAUGAAUUCUAUUCAGAACUUGAGAGAAAAUUUGCGAAUCUCCAGUCCCAGUUGACCCAGAAGGAAGAGGCACUUGCCAUAAGUGAUCGGAAGUCCGGUGAGAAGGUGCUGGAGAUGAGACAACAAGUGGAACAAUUGGGACAGAAGGUUGAUAGGGGUGACAGGGAGCUUAAGCGGUUGAGACAAGAGCUCAAGUCAUCCCAAGAUAACUAUGACGCUUUGGAAUUAAAGCAUAUGCAGAGUGUUGAAGAAGCUAAGCAGCAGCAGAAGAGCCAGCAAGAACAGCUUGAACUGAUGGGUAGGCGUAUCCAAGACCUGACUAGCAAGCUGGGCUUAGCAGAACGCAAGCUUGCAGGGGCAACUUGUACUGCUUCUAAGACAGCUGAUACUUCUGAGAGCUCUGACUGUCCAUCCAGUGAUGGUGCAGAUGGAGGCUUAAAGAUUAAGGUGUUGGAGUCACGUCUGGCAGAGAUGGAGAAGAAGCUUAAGCAGGUGACCCAUCGGUUGGUGGAUGUAACUACCAGGGAGCUUGAAAAGCGCAAAGCUUACCAGGCCAAAUGCGUAACAGAGAAUAGGCUCAAAGAUCAGGUGCGUGGGCUGCAAAGAGAAGUGCUUGCCCUGAGACAACAGACAGAGAAGGUACAGUCCCAUUCUGAAUCUUCAGCCCGCCAAACGCACCAUAUAUUGGCCCAAUGUCGCCAGCAUCUAAUGCGUAUUCAGCCUGCAAAACCAUCACAGUCCAUGGGGGAGAGUGUUUCUGAUUUUUCAAGGGUGUCCAAGGAAUCAACUAACACUGCUAAUCCAACUGACAAAACCAUCACUGCUGUCCUUUCAUCCGCUACCACCUAUCAUGUAACGGAUGCAUGCCACACACUUGAUAAAGCAAUAGAUCUUUUGAAUUCUCAAUUUAAAUCCCUUGAAAACCGUAAGAGAAAGUCCCUUACAGAAUUUUCAGAGUCAGUCAUUCUUAGUCUUGGUGACUUAUCAAGUCUAUCAGAUGGGGAUAAUCCAAAAUCUCCCCGGAGUUGCCCUCCUAGUCCAUUGUUUUUUCCCACUAGUCCUCCCCUCUCUCCCGAUACUUCCCCUAGGGGCUCAAAGCACACAAGCAAGGUGUCCGAUAAACGUUUUGGUCAGUUCAAGUUUCCUACCAGAGCAGCUCAUGGGGUAGGUUCCCAGGCAUUCAGUAGUAGUAAAAUCCAGAGGAUCAGGUAUUGCCAUUGUCUUUUAGAAGUGGAGUAUCUCAAUUCUUUCUUGGUAGAAGUUUCGUCAAGUGCUGUCGGAGAGGAGAAGGUCUUGCAGAUUUUGUCUUGUCAACGUAUGAUAGAAGCUGAAGACAGGGAUGGUGUCAUAGAAGUCCUGCUCCCAGUUGACAAGAAUGUCUCUGGAUAUGCUGCUGGCCUUUCAAAGACAAUUAUUAGAGAGGCAGAGAGUGAAUUCUUGGCAAUGAAAGAGCCAAUUGAAAGCUAUCCCACCAUCGGAUCUAAUGAGAUAAGUGCAGUCUACACUGCCUGUACCACCUUCUUCACUAGUAAUUGGGAAUUUUCACAUUCCUUGGAAAAAGAUUUGGAAGUGAAAUGUGAUGAUCUUGCCAAGAUCCUUGCUGACGAGACAGUAGCCAAGAAGAAUGAAUCACCAAGUGAAACCAAGAAAGGACUAAAACCAAAGGAAUCUGGAUAUAAUAACCCGCAGAGGAUAGCUGGAAAGAAUGACUCUGGUCUAGGGUUGGAUUCUGACUUGGCACCAUUUGCAGAGGGAAUUGCCUAUGAAGAGGCAUUACGUGUUGCUAUGGAAUGUGUCAGCAGUGAGCUUGUCCUUGCAGAAGCUCUUCAGUGUGUUAAUUCUACAAUUGAAGACUUUGUUGGAAAGAUUGAUUCUGAAGAGCUGAAGUGCAAACGAGUAAUAAGUUUGCUGAGGGGUGUUUGUACUCAGAGGUUUGGCCUAAUCAGGGAUGCAAUAGCAAGACAAUUGGAAGCAACAAGUGGACUCAUCAGACAGAAGUACUGGGAUUACCUGCAAGAGAGUGAAGAUGAGAUAGAAACAAAGACGGAAGAGAGCAAGAAGAAAAAGAAGAAGUCAAAGAAAGAACCAAAAGAUACCUGUAAAAAUGGAAUACCAAAGAGCUUGGAAGAAAAUCGUGAAGGAGCCACUGAGAAGGAAAUUGCUAUCUUGGUCUUGAUGAAAGCUGUUCUAUCUGGUUUAGGUGUUCAUUUGAGAAGUGAAUUGAGUACGUUGGCUGAAGGUAACAGCAACCAGAACAACGACAGCACUGGAGGUUUGUCCCUUGAUGUAAUUGGAGAUAUUGUACUUCCCAGUGAGAUUAUUGAUUAUUCUGAUCAUGUUGCUGGCAUGGUCAAAGAAGAUACAUGUAGCAAAGAAAGAAGACAGGAAAUUGUGGAUACAAAUGCAGUUGUUCGAUCAAGGACCUCUACUUUAGAGAGUAUCACUGCAGAACACUCCAGGAACAUUGCAUUGGUGAGAGAACGCUAUGAAGCCAUCAUCAAAGGAGAGAGGAGAUUCCAUGAACAAGAGCUGACCCAGCUUCGUCAGCGACUUGUGACUGCUGAUAAUACAGUUAAAGGACUUGAAGAUGAAAUCUCAGCCAUGGGGCAAAGGGAUGAAGAUUCUCCCAGCAAAAUAAACUUUGGAUUGUUAGCUAGAGGGCAAUUAGAUCUGAAAGAAGCACAUGAACAAUUAUAUAAGAUGAGGAUGGCUGUCUUAGAGCUGUCAGAGUUGCAUAAGAUAAAGUUCAGUGAGAUGGAGAAGGGGAUCCAAGCAAUUACAAGAUGUUAUCAGAAGGAAAAGGAGGAUCUCCAUGCCAUCUAUCAAGAAAAGCUGAGUGAGGUCCAAGACAUUGGUAGACGAGACCUGGCUCACGCCCAGCACCACUACCAGAAAGGAAUCACGGAGAUGGAGCGCCAGCUUGAAUGCCAGACCAAAAGGCUGAAGGAGGCUAAGGAAGAACGGAAUGAAGAGCUUCUCCAGGCCCAGCAGAGGAACCACGCCCAGAUGGUAGAGGAGAUAGAGAGAAAGCAUAGAAAGGAGAUGGAGGAUAGAGAAACAGAGAGGAAACUAGAAAAGGAGAAAGAAGAUGAGUCUGUCACCACGGCGAUAUCAGUAUUAAAGGCAGCAUAUGAAGCUGAGCUUGAGAAGGAGAAGCGCUUAUCACAGGAAUCAUAUCCAAAAGAUGUUGAGACCAUCAUGAAAAGGCAUAGAGAGGUAGUUACACAGAUGAACAGAGACUGGGUCAUCCUGUCUACAAAGUUCUCUGAACAAUGUAAGGAGAAUACCAUGUUAAGUAAAGCUCUGCGUGCCAUGCAACGCUCACAGAAAGAGGCCCAUGAGAAGCUACAGAAAGCCCAGGUAGAUAAUAGAAGGAAAGUCUCAUCACUUGGAGAGCAACUUGAAAGAAUAGAGAUGGAGGAGGAUGAAGAUGAUGAUGAUGACGAGGAGGAGGAUGAAGGGCAAGAUGCAGAAAAAGAAAGGAAAUUGAAGGUGUUAGAGAUGAAUCUGAGAUUACGAGAGCUGGAGCUCGAGUUUGCCCUCGAAGAGAUAGAUACUUUGAAACAAGAAGGAAGAGAUAGACAGAAGACAAUGGGGGAGAAGGAGGACAUAUCAGGAGCUGGAGAGAAACCUCGCCGGAGCUCUGUCACAACUCCACCAGAGUCUGAUGGUGCCACACGACCAAAAAACCGAAGAAGUCUUUCAGAUUUAACACAUAUGUUUCACAAAUCAAAAAAAGGAGAAAAGAAGUAACCAAACUCAAGGGAGGAUCUACCAUGAUUAAUUCGUAGCUCUGAGAGGAGUGGGUCAAUAUGCUGAAUUUAGAACAAACCCUGUUACUAGUAUUUAUUAAUCUCUUGCUCUAAAUCCAGCAUCAACCUAUCUUAGUAUGGAUGGCGUUCAAUACUUCCAAUCCCAGUCUUCACAAAGGAACAGUUGGUUACCUGUGCUAUACACGUCUGGUUGAUCAUCCAGACGGCAAUUUGCCCCCUUCUUGAAUAGCGCCCUCACAAGACUUGACAGAUUAAAUACUUGUGCUCGCUGUGGUUUCCUCUCAAAUUCUUCUUGUGUCUUGGAUGUCAUCUUUGCAUCCCUUCAGACGUCUGGCUGUUAGGCACUUGUGCUACAAGUCUAGAAUCAUGCCACUCUUGUUCAGCAAUGGUCUUUGUAGGGUAACCUGGGUGCACCCGUUCUUCCAUCCUCUGAAACAUUCUGAGGAUUCAUCUCCCAAGUAACGACCUAAUCAGUGUCUGCGCUGGUCUAAACUGCCUUUCAGUAAGAGAGAAGACUCCUAUACCUCCUCUAUUUCCUUUGCCUAGUAACUCUUGAAAUUCUUAAUCAACCAAUACUUCAAAACUACCGACUGCCAUAAGAACUGUAACCUUGUAGAGGUUACAGGAUUCUAGUCACCCAUCUAUAGACCUUAUACAUCAUGAUAUCAUUGCUCCCUCACUCAGAGGAUAUAGGAAUGUCAGCUUCAGAUCACCAAUGCAUUCAAGGCAUUGAGUUGAACCUAAAAGAUGGUGACAUAAUGACGUUAAUACAUGAGGUUUAUUUUUACUGAAAUGCUCUUUAAAGUGUCUGCCAUGAUAUAUUCAUCAGCUAUUACUUCAUUCAACCCUUUAUCCUAACCAUAGCUUCUAUCAUCAAUUAUUCAUGUAGUACCUCAAUCAGCAGUAUUCAUUUCUAGAAGCUGGUAUAUUCAUCAAUUCUUGCUCUCUUAAUUAAGCCAAAGUUAUAUCAAAGUCAUAUGUAACAAAUGUAAUUCCAUAUUGUCUUGUUACCACUCCCGAGUGGAAGGGUGUGGGGGCACUCAGAUAUAUUGGUGUACACACUCAUAUUCAUAGUCCUUUAAGAUACUUGUGGCAUGUUUGUUCCUAAAUUUAUUCCCUGAACAAGAUAAAUCUAACCCUAUAUAAACCAAAAUUUAGGAUCACCCAUUUUGACUCGCACAUAGUCACCAGUUUGCCUGGGGUUGGAAUAAAACAGGCACAGAAUUCUUGUAUUUUCCAUUGAUUUAUAUCAGUCUGCCCUGGCAUGUACUACUUGGGCUGAAUAUCCUUGAAAAUAUCCUGAAAUAUUCCGUUCACAUAUUAAUACUGAUUGUGUAUUGCAUGAUUCACAUGAAUAUAUGUAUACAUAUGUAUACAUGAAUGUGUAUACCAAAAUAUUUGAAUGCCCCCCCCCCCCCCUGGUGGUGCUACUUCACUGCUCUCAUAAUGAAUUCACUUCAGUUGGCCAGCCCUGUUUUAGUAACUAGAUUCACAUCUUCUCUGUUGAAUUUUUUUUUACUGUAUAUAUCCGCAAUUGAUAUUAUUUUUGUAUCAAUUAUCAGGAUUGAAGACGAUUACUAUGUCAAUUUAAACAUUUUUUAAACUCCGCAAACUUUGUUUUCCCUUUAAUUCAUAUUUGUUAAAUCUCAUCACACUUGUGUAUAAAGGAAGAUGAUAGUUUUGUCAUUUCUGAUAUAAGUCAUUUUAUAUAGAUUUUGUUACAGUGCUUUUUAGUAACCUUGCAAACUUAUUUGCUGUAUAUAUUUUGUUUAUAAAUCCUCCACAUUCUAAUAUAUUUGUUUUUGUUGUACAAUAUAUUUAAAGAAUUUUUGACAAUAAAUAUACAGAUAAACUAGACUAAAACAUUAUACUUUCUACUUCAAGAACCAAUAUGUCAUCUUUGUUUUUUAGUUUCUUAUGGAACCAUGGCAUUGUAUAUGAACAUUGAAUGUGUAUCACAUGUAUUAACGUCCUUUUAGCAGAAAUAUCUGUAUAACAAAUCUGUUUAACAAUCAUAAAGUGAAACUGUGUGCUCUUAUCUUGUUGACUUAAAGACGAGUGUACAUAUUAAUAAUAUCACUGUGUAUCCAGUGUGAUAGAUUCCCCCAAUACCUCAAUCUUACUGUGUCUUGCCCAUUAAUACACAACAUAUUCCUCAUUAAAUGAAUCGAUUUCCAGGCAGAGAACUCGCCUUAAUGAUAUCAAAUAAAUGCCCGAGCAGCUCUUACUAAUCAUAUUUAUUUAUUGCAUGUCUUUGUAGAGUGUCUUUGCAGACCAUUGAUUGAUUCCUAUAAAGAGCUUCAUGUAUGACCCAUGUAUACAACCAUGCUGCAUGGUUUUGUGAAGUGUAAAAUAUGAAUUUUGUGUGCAUUACACCGUAUUUUGAAGAGUAUGUUUUUGCAACCCACCAAACUUAUCUUACUGUACGAAUGAUGUAAUUCAGUUUUAACUUCUUUCAUAAAAAGUUCCAUAUUUUUAAUUUUUGAAUAUGUUGUACUUUUACUUUAUACACUUCAUCGCAUAUUGAAAGGUAUUUUACUUAUUUCAGAAUUACAUUCGCUGAUGUCAAUCUACUGUUGUAUUUUUAUGUUGAUUUUAGUGCUAAUAACAAAAGAAGUCAAUAUAGAUAUUUUCCUUAUUUUAACAUAGUUUCUUCAUCAAGGAAUAAUUAUUAUCUAGACAAAACAGAUAAAAGCAAAGCAUGUUGUUUUUGUGACCAAACAAGUUAUGAGAUAUAUUCCAAAAAGUUAUUCCAUUUUUUGACACUUGUGAACAUCUAGGUGUAGAAUAAUCACAGUUAAUAUUUCUUUAAGAAAGAUUUUUAUGUCAUGUUAUUCAACCAAAUAUUUUUUUCCCAUGAUGUAGGGAUUUCAUAUCAUUCUUUGUUGGAUAUCGUCCUACUUUCUUUUAUUUUAUGUUGUGCUAAUUUUUAUGUUAACAGAGAGAUUUUUUAUUGUCUAUGAUGGAUAAGAGUUUGAUAGAACAGUCACCUUAUUAGGGUGAAAUGGAUGAAUGUAUUAUUAGUUAGACCUUUAUUAAUAAAACAAAUUAUCUACAUCUUUUCUUGCAGAUAAAGUAUACUAGCUGUAUAAGGUUUGUUUGUUUUUCCAUUUGUAUACAUUACUAUUAAUUUUACAUUGUUCAUCUGAUAGUUAUCAUUCAUUGGAUUUCAUUAAAAAUGACAGACUUUCUGUUUUAACCGAUCUGUUACUUCACACAUUCAGUUCUAAUACAUAAUUUCCAAAUGUUAGUAUAAUCAAGCCAUGGGUUCAAACCACAUCAGAUUGCUUUGGAAGAAAUGUCAAUUUUAGCAGAUUCUAAUCACCUUUUCUAUCCUUGUGGGGUGGUAUUAGUGAUCUGAUAUUCCUUAAUAAAUACAUUAUAAAUUAAUUUAUUUAAAUUUGAAUGUAAUCUUCCCAACUGUAUAAUAAAACGCUACUUCCAGAUUUGUAAUUUGUUGUUUUCUAAGCGCUUUUGAGUAUAUUUUCUUGCAAAAUGUUUUCUACUCUGUGCUUUCAAAGUGUAAACAAUUCAAUUUAAAGCAAUCUUUGUAAAUACGUAAAACAUAAUAGUGUUCUUAACAUUUUGAGAGGAGAGGGUUUUAGAAAAUAGAAUGUUAAGAGAGACAGAGAGAGAGAAGAGCAUGAAAGAGAUGAUAUAAGAUUAAUUUGAGUGGGUACAGACUUGUAUUGUUAUUUAUAGUGAAUGUGAAUUUGAAGUCCAACCUACCUGAUGAUAGAGUGAUGGAUGUGUGUACAUAUCUAAUAUCUUCCUUUUCCUAUAGCCUGUUUCCCUUUUGUUGUAUAGCUCAUCUAUUUAUUUGUAGUGGGAAUGUGUAGUCGACCCUCAUCAUUUACAGAUUUUAUUUUAUAAGCAAGAUCAGUAUUUUACUCUGUUUUAUUCAUGCAGACUAUGUCUUUUGUGAUACAAGAAUGACCUUUUAGCUAUGUCUAAGUCCAUUUUGAGGUCACUUUUAUGUCAACAGCAGAGAUGGGAAAGAGAAGAAUUUAUGGAAUGUUAUUUGUAUCUUGAAGGUACGAGUGUUGAUACAGCCAUUCAUGUUUGUAAGUAUUUUCUCUUGACAAAGAACAAAUGACGAGUUUCAGACAUUAUAUGUAAUAAAUAACAUGUAUUCUUUAUGAUAGUAUUAAUAAAUCUACAUCAAUAUUAUAAA